CCUCCUCUUCGGGCCGUGACCACACUGUCAUGGCUCCAGUGGGCAAAAGGAAGCGAGGAGAUCGUUCGUGGUCCGGAGAUUCGGGUGCCGACAGCCCCAGGCCUUCGCCUCAUCGUCCAGGAACGCUCAACAUGGCGCAGCACACCUCUCCGCGGGACUACGGUGACUCGCGCGGCGGAAGGGGCCACCGUCAGUCGGUGAGGGGCGGCCGCAAUGGUUUUGGUGGUGGUCAGAGGCCUGGUGAGGUGGGAGGUGGUGCCGUUGCGGCGGGUUCGGCCAUUGCCCCCGUGAAGGAGAGCUCAGAGCCCUUGAACACCAACGGCCUGCCCUCGACGCCGGUACACCACCAGCCGUCCCCUUCACCGAUGCCAGCUGUGUCGCAGCAGCAGAAACUGCAGCAGCAGCAGAAUCUACUUCUAUCGUUCGCCCAGAUACCUCCCUCCCAACUACCGCCACCGCCGCCCGCUCCAAAUUUCCCCUACGACUACGAGUAUGUCACGGACAGCAUUGUAGAGAAUUGGUCGGCUACAGGGAAGCAGGAGCUGGUUGAGAAUGGUGCGGCUGCUAGGAAGGAUCAGGAUGGUCUCAGACUGGCCUCUUUCUAUCAAGAACUGCUUCGAUCCGGUCUCUACGGCCGCUUACCUCCCGCAGAGGUCGGAUCAGCCGUGAAGGAAGUCAUCGGUGAAGAGAUUGCAUCCGAUGAUGUGGACAUGACCGGUGACGAUCAAACCCCAGCCCUUCCUCUACCACUUCUUGACCCUCGUGCCCUCUUUCUUGAUACCCUUUCUAUCCUAACCGACUCGGACACGACGAACCCUCUACUUAGGCCGCUCGUCUUUUCCACCGGCAUUUCGCCUGCCUUGAUGCGCCUGCAGCUCGACACGCCAUUGCUCCAAUCGCUGGGUCUUGUUCGAGAGACCUUUGCCCGGAUGGGCAUCCGCAAGCAGACCAACCUGUUAUACCGGCAAUCGAAUUACAAUCUGUUGCGUGAGGAGUCGGAGGGCUACUCGAAACUUCUCACAGAGCUGUUCACGACCAGCAACAACGAACCCCCCUCGAGCGAUGUCGUGGAGGAGACCUUUGAGCGUGUCAAGGCGAUGAUCGGUGCCUUCGACAUGGAUGUCGGCCGUGUGCUCGACGUCACCCUCGAUGUUUUCGCCGCCGUGCUCGUCAAGCAGUAUCGCUUUUUCGUCAAACUCCUUCGUGUCAGCUCGUGGUGGCCCAAGGAGGAUCUCUUCCGCGAUACGGACGGCACCAUGCGAAACUCAGGCCUCCCCAACUGGGCUUUGCCGGGUUCCCCAGGCUGGGCAACCACGGACGAUGAUCGCGCGGAGAUCACCCUGGCAAACGAGCAGCGUGACGUGGAGUUCUGGCACCGAGUCCGAGCCAUUGGCAUACGCGCGUUUUUCGAGAUUGGCCAUAGGCCCCUCUCGGAAGAGGAGAGAAAGCAGUAUCUUACCGCCGACGCUACCAAUCUGUCCGACGAGGAGCUUGUCACCCGCAAGUGGAUUGAAGAAACAGGUACCCUCCCGUCCAAGGGGAACCGAGUGGCCGCACAGCUGCUUGGUUUCAAACUCAGAUUCUACUCUUCGCCCGCCCGCAGCAAGUCAGACGUUCUCCCGGACAACCUCAUCUACCUGGCUGCCCUGCUGAUAAAAGUCGGCUUUAUCUCCCUUCGCGACCUGUAUGCCCACCUGUGGCGCCCGGACGAUCUUAUGGAUGCUCUGAAGGAGGAGAAGAUGAAAGAGAAAGCAGAGCGGGAACGAGCGGCGCGGCCCGGUGGUGGCGUCAACGCCCUCAUGAUGGCUGGAGCUUUAUCAGACGAUACCUUACCUAUCCCUCGCGUACGGGAUAGCGAUGCCCGAUCUACCACCCCUCUCAAGGAGGCUGAAGGCGACAGAUCAUCCGUCGCCGCCGCCGCCGCCAAGGAUCAGGAAAAGGAAGAACUUCCCGAACCCGCUGAUCAAAAGGUCAUGCUGUUGAAGAGUCUACUGGCUAUCGGCGCCAUCCCAGAAUCACUCUUUAUCCUAAGCAAAUUUCCCUGGCUGAUGGAGGCUUACCCCGAACUCCCCGAAUACACCCAUCGCAUCCUGCACCAUUGCUUAAGCAAAGUGUAUGCCGCCCUUCGCCCUCUCCCUUCAGUCGAUGAGCUCCGCGAGCAAAGACAGAUUCCCAGUACAGACCAGUCCGGCGUGGGCAAGGGAAAUAUCCGGCUUAGUCAAGCGCCACCGAGGAGAGUGCUUCGAUGGGCCCAGCUUGAUAAGGAAGACACCAAUGAUGGGACGGACUAUCGCUUCUAUUGGGACGACUGGGCCGACAACGUGCCUGUCUGUCAGACGGUCGAUGAUGUCUUUGCGCUCUGUUCAUCCCUCCUCAAUCUGUCGGGGCAUAAGAUCGGGCAAGAUGCCAGUCUCAUGACCAAGCUGGCGAGAAUCGGAAAGGACAGCCUCAGCAAGGACUCUUCUCCGGAGAACAGAGCACGCUGGCAAGAUCUCUGCAAGCGUAUCUUGGUCCCCUCGAUCAGCUUGACCAAGGCAAACCCUGGUGUUGUCAAUGAAAUAUUUGAUCUGAUCAGUUUUUUCUCCCGCGACAUUCGAUACAACAUGUACGCCGAGUGGUACUCCGGGCAAACUUCGAGGUUACCCGACAUCAAAUCCGCCUUCGACCAAGCCAGAGCCGAGACAAAGGACGUCCUCAAGCGACUCAGCAAGACGAACAUCCGCCCCAUGGCGCGUGCGCUGGCCAAGAUUGCCUAUGCAAACCCCGGCAUCGUCAUCAACGUUGCCAUCAGCCAGAUCGAAUCGUACGAGAACCUGAUCGAGGUGGUCGUGGAAUGUGCCCGAUACUUUACUUACCUAGGCUACGACAUCCUGACGUGGUCGCUCAUCAGCUCCCUCGGCCAAAAGGGACGCAGCCGUGUCCAAGAGGGCGGGCUGCUGACCAGCCGUUGGCUGAACGCGUUAUCCACUUUUGCAGGCCGGGCUUUCAAGCGGUACUCCGUCAUGGAUGCCACCCCCCUGCUACAGUAUGUCGUGGAGCAGCUCCAGCAGAACAACUCCACCGACCUCAUUGUCUUGGAGCAGAUGAUCAGCUCCAUGGCAGGCAUCAUUACGGACACCAACUUUAACGAUGCUCAGAUCCAAGCCAUGGCAGGUGGCGAAACCCUCCAAUCUCAGACCAUCCUGCAGCUACUAGAUAAGAGACACGAAUCCAAGACGACAUCGCGCCGCCUCAUGAAAUCCCUGACGAGUUCGAAACUUGCUGGCCAGUUGCUGAUUGCUAUUGCGCAAGAGCGGCUGACGUGCAUCUUCAAGGAGUCCGAGGGGGCCGAUGAAUUGAAGCUCCUAGGAAAUAUCUUUGAUGAGAUUCACCGCAUCCUCACGCAGUAUCUAGAUCUGCUCCGCAGCAAUCUGUCCGUAAGCGACUUCGACACGUUUGUUCCUGAUCUGUCUGCAUUGAUCCAAGAGUUCGGUAUCCAGCCGGAGAUUGCGUUCUGGAUUCGGCGGCCCAGUUUAGCUUGGAAGAUAUCAGAAGCCGAACGGGUAAUGCAAGAAGAGGAGGAAGUCUCCUCCUCCUCCUCCUCCACCCUGACCAAGGAACAUGUCACUAUGAAUGACAAAGACGUUUCUGUGGAUAAUAAGGAAGAAGAUGGCGCCGUGAAAGCUGAGGAGGCUAUGGAGUCGGCGCCGUCACCAAACCCUACCGAACCUAUCGAGGAGGAUGGGAUGGUGAUGGUUGAGAUUGGGAAGAAACCUACCAUGAAGGAGACUGAUGAUGCCAUGGAGGUCGACAAGGAAGAGAAUGACGAGCCAGAUACUGCGACGGACUUCAUCAGUGGCCGCGCUGUCGAUAAACCAACAACAACAGCAACAACAACAACAACAACAACAACAACAACUUCUACCGGGCCUUCGACUGCCGAUGUACCAUUCCCUCCCAUGAACCCUGUGAUGCGGGAUUUGAUCGAUCAAGUGAGAAAUGUGCUCCCGCAGGAGGUAUGGUCUGUCGUUGGCUUGCAUUUCUAUGUCACUUUCUGGCAGCUUUCGCUUUACGACGUGCACAUUCCUCAGAAAGCAUAUGAAGACGAGAUUGAGCGCCAGAAGAAGAAAGUCAUUGCAAUUGGCAACGAUCGGUCCGAUAUCAGUAUGGCGGGCACGCAACGGAAAGAAAGAGAGAAGAAGCAGAUCACUCAGCUACAGGAACGGAUCCUGGAAGAGAACAAGAUGCAUCUCAAGCUGUACGGCCAGACUAGGACCAAACUGCAGAAGGACAAGGAUCGCUGGUUCGCCGGCAUGCGGGGCAAACACGACGCCCUAAACGUCGCCCUGCUGGAGCAGUGCUUUCUGCCUCGUCUACUCCUCUCACCCAUCGACGCCUUUUACUGCUUCAAAAUGCUCAAGUUCCUCCACUCUUCGGGGACCCUGUAUUUCCGAACGGUUGGCUUCCUGGACCAACUCUUCCGGGACCAGAGGCUCACGGCCCUCAUCUUCCAAUGCACGUCCAAGGAAGCCGACAAUCUCGGUCGUUUCCUCAAUGAGAUUCUCCGAGAUCUGAGCCGGUGGCAUGCAGACAAAUCUGUCUACGAGAAGGAAGCCUUCGGAACCAAGAAGGAUCUCCCUGGAUUUGCCAUGGCGGUGGACGCGGAAGGCAAGCCAUACACCUGGCUGGAUUACGAGAAUUUCCGCCGCCUGCUGUACAAAUGGCACCGGCUCCUCGCCACCUCGUUGAAGACCUGUCUGAACGGCGGCGAGUACAUGCACAUCCGCAACGCAAUCAGUGUCCUCAAGGCCAUUGUUCAAUACUUCCCCGCCGUUAAUUGGAUCGGCCGGGAUAUGCUGACCAGUGUCAAUAACCUGAGCCAAAACGACGAGCGAGACGAUGUCAAGACCCCGGCUGCCUCGUUAAUCGGGGACCUGAAUCGCAGAGAAAAGAAAUGGCUCCUGCCACAAGCAUUUAUGAUCAAUGAAUCUCCAGCUGGGGAUCGUAAUGCUGCUGGCAAGCCUCGCACGCCACUGCCCCAGACAUCCACUCAGUCUGCCCUCAACGCUGCGGCACCCGAGUUCAAACCUCCAGAAGCGAAUGGCGUUUCGAAACCGGAAGCCGGUGGGAAAAUUGAAGUAGAGGACGGCGAGAUUGAGGAUGCGAAGAUGACAGAUGCACCAAGCAAAUCUGUUGAAGAAACAAAGCAGGUCUCAAUGACAAAACCAGAGACCGGUCCGCAACACGCCGACUGGACUGCUGAAAAGCCUGCGUCGUCUACGGCAAUCGAAGGGGGAGGACCGUCUGUCGAGAAACCACCAGUCUCCGAGCUUCAAACCGAACCGGAUGUUGCUUCACGUUCCCAGACCUCGCUUUCUUCACCGCGAUCGCGGACGAGCUCCCGCCCUCCAGAGCCCAACCGGCAUCUUCACCCGUCCAGACGGGCCGAGGUUGACAGGACCUCAUCAGGGAACACAAACGUGCGACCUUUGCCCAACCGACCGCUGAGACCGAGUGACGCACGUCCACCGAUGCGUCCUGACUUGCUUGAAGAUCGACGGGAUCGACAUUCUGACUAUGGUCGAGGCGGGCGCUAUGGUGAGCUUGACCACGAUCCCACGGGCGAUUCGCGCAGCCAUGGGCGUCUCAAUGACCGCUCUACAGAUCGUGACAGGCUAGAGCUGCCGAAUCGACCUGGGGAUGAAUCCUUCCGCGGACCAGCACACCGUGGGGACGGUCGAGGACCACCAAGAGAUCCUGACUGGCCAGAGCGACCAGGUCGUCUGCGGCCUCAGUCCGAGCUUUUCCAGGAGCGGACUGCCCGCGACGCACCCGCACCUCUUCGACCCGUAUCGUCGACCCAUGCAGAUCGAUCAGAUACCAGACGCAGCGAGCACCCUGACCGAGUCUCUUCUUUCAGGGACGGUGAUGGCGGCCGACGUGGCGAGCCGUUGCGAUCCGACAAGGAUGACCGCCGAUCUCUCUCUUCUCGCACCGCGACACCCCCGCGAACCGAGCUGUCGAACCGUGCGGAACGAUUCGCAUCUGACGACCGUCGGUCUGCCAACUAUCCACCGCGUCACGAUGACCUCCCUACGGGACCCCGUGGCGAGCGGUCUGGACGAGGCGGAUUCCAAGAUGACCUGGCAGCUUCGGGACCGGACUUGAAUCAUGGACGGUUGCGUCCUCCUCCAGAACCGCCUCUCGGCAACGAGAUUCCCUCGGGCCCUCGAGGCAGGAACAUGUCUGGGCGCGGAGCUGGCGGACGCAAUGCGUCUGGACCCAGUGGUGCAGGGGGUAACAAUAACAAUAACAAUAAUAAUAACAACGCCAACAACGCCACAACCACCCCUGGCCCUGCUGCUUCUGAACGUCACCCACCGACGGGGCCAUCCAGCCGACCUGGCAUGGGGCGCAAUGCUCCCGAGGCGUCGUCGACAGGGUCUUCGACGGCGGAUAGUAGCGGCAUCCAUCCCGACCGGCUUAAGGCGAUGAUGCAAGAUCAACACCUACAAGGGCCGCCGCCCCCUCCGUUGUCAGCGGCUCCGCCGUCUGGACCGCGCGGGGGAUCAUCAGGAGGCCCGUCACCUGUUGUGGCUCGGGGCCCGCCGUCCGGUCCUGGCUUUGGUGAACGAGGACGCGGGGACAAGCGGUUUUCGAGUCUGAAUAAUGUCCUUCAACAAUCUGGUGGGCCAUCUGGUGGACCAUCUGGUGGACCAUCUGAACGUGGAAGUGGUGGCGGUGGAGGGGGUCCUUCAAUACGCGGGCGAGGUGCCAAUCGACAGUCAGACGGAAUGAACGUGUCCUUCUCAUCAACGGGUCGACCGCAGACUGCAUCGGGAGGUGGGAAUCUUGACGAGAGCAACCGUACGUCCAGCCUACCGAACCGACCGGAUCUCUUCGCCGGUCGAGCUUCUGGUGGUCUUCCUCCUCAUCCCCCGCCUCCUUCAUCUUCUUCUACUACUAUCCCUACGACUUCUACUUCCCACGCGGAUGAAGGUAAUCGCGGUCGAGGCCGAAUGUCUACUGGUCGGGGCGGAGAUAUCUUGGACGAAGGCAGUGGCGGUGGUGGUCGGCCGCCUCGCCACUCCGGCUCGUUUCCACAUGACCGGGAUCGCGACCGAGACCGCGAGCGCCGUGGUGGCGGGGACGACGAGGGUCCACGUGGUAGCAGCCGACGCGAGGAUUAUCGUGACCGCAACCGGGAUUCCCAUCGCGACCAGAGUCGACGUGGUGAAGACGUUAGUGGUGGUGGAGGAGGAGGAGGAGGAGGAGGAGGAGGAGAUGGAGGACAUUCUGAUGGACGAGAAAGCGGUUCCCGACGGGGCCCUGGUACUCGCGAGGAGAACCGACGACGUGACCGCCGGGAUCGAGAUGGAGGAGCAGCAGCAACAACAACAACAGGAGGUAGUGGUGGUCCUGGUGGUCCCGGUGGUAGCUCCGACGCGAUGGCGCACAACAACUACGAGAGCAGUGAGGGUCGCCUACGACCUCCGUCAUCGCUGGGUGGAGCUCCGCACCCUCCGCCGCCGCCGCCGCCUCCUUCAUCUGGCGGAAUGGCCGGCGGGGGAUUGGAAGAUGACCGUCGCUGGGGGGGACGGGAUCGCAACCGAGACCGAGAAUAUAACCGGGAUGGGGGAGGAGGCAGCGGGACACCGCACCGCAAACGAGGACGACCGAACGGCGAGGAGAACAGUGCUGGACAUACGGGGGGGGCGAUACGGGGGGGGAAUGACAGCAAACGGCCUCGACGGGGAGGUUAAACCGGAGAAUGUCAAUGGUCAAUGGACAGAAUGGUCCGAAAUGAUCGGUGGAUAUGAUAUGUACCCUACUCUCUCUCUCUCUCUCUCUCUCUCUCUUUUCUAUUGUUCCAUCUCCCAGUUGAGCAGCUUCGCAG